AUGCAAAGAAUCGGGAACUUUCUCAUCCAUGCUUCGAGAAGUGAUAGGGUUGGGCUUAAUUUGAUGUUGAGGGAGGACAUUUCGCCUAAUGUGCAGGAUUAUGAUAACAUAACUGCUCUUCAUCUAGCUGCCAGUGAAGGUCAUGAUUCGAUUGUAGAGCUUCUUCUACACUACAAGGUCGAUGUUAAUCUCGAUGAUAGAUGGCACAAAACUGGGAAGGAGACGAACGGGAUGACGGCAGCGGGGAACCGGGAAAACAUCACUGGUGAUUCUAGUUCUUCGACAGGGGAAGGAGACGAACGGGAUGACAGUCGUUGA